CUCCCUGUUUCCCCUUUUUCCUUGGACGCCGAAGAUCUGGGAGUGCAGGCUCUGUCUUCCGUAGAACCCUGUCCCCUCCAGGUCCAAAGUAGUAGCUGAGGAGAUGGAUGAAAGGCCAGAGAAUCAAACCCCGGUACUCUGUUGCUUGCUGUCUCUGUCUCUCUAGCGUCUCAAGAGAGGAAACCGUGGUUUCUUUUGAAAUGGCAGCAAUUAGAACUGGGAGGCUCUGACCAGAAUUACAUAGCCACAACUGCCUGUCAUUUGACAUCCUCUGUAAUUUGGGCCAGCCCAGUGCAGCUGCCUCUUCCCUUUACUAGCACAAGCAGCUCCAGGAACAGCACAUUCGUGUUCACAGGAAGAUAAAACUGUGUUCUAGACCCUGCCCAGUUGGCACCGAUUCUCCCCAGGGCAAAGGCUGUAUCUGGAGCUGCCGCCUCUUCAGAGCGGUGGAGACUAUAAUUCCAGUUAAGGAAUGGAAACGUUGACUGACAGCAAGGAAAAAGCGAGUUGUGGAUCUGGCCUUGUGCUCCUGCUACAACAGGCUGCAGGUAAAAGUUCCCUGAUGGCUCAGCUGGGAGCAGUUGUGGCGGUGGCUUCCAGUUUCUUGUGUGCAUCUCUCUUCUCGGCUGUGCACAAGAUAGAAGAGGGACAUAUUGGAGUAUAUUACAGAGGAGGUGCACUGCUGACUUCCACCAGCGGCCCUGGUUUCCAUCUCAUGCUUCCUUUCAUCACUUCGUUUAAGUCCGUGCAGACCACACUUCAGACAGAUGAAGUGAAGAAUGUACCUUGUGGGACCAGUGGUGGUGUGAUGAUCUACUUCGAUAGAAUUGAAGUGGUGAACUUCCUGGUUCCAAACGCAGUGUAUGAUAUAGUGAAGAAUUACACUGCUGACUAUGACAAGGCCCUCAUCUUCAACAAGAUCCACCACGAGCUGAACCAGUUCUGCAGCGUGCACACACUUCAGGAGGUCUACAUUGAGCUGUUUGAUCAGAUUGAUGAAAAUCUCAAACUGGCUUUGCAACAGGACCUCACUUCCAUGGCCCCUGGACUUGUCAUCCAAGCUGUGCGGGUGACCAAGCCCAAUAUCCCUGAGGCGAUCCGCAGAAACUACGAGCUGAUGGAAAGCGAGAAGACGAAGCUUCUCAUUGCAGCUCAGAAACAGAAGGUGGUGGAGAAGGAGGCUGAGACAGAGCGGAAGAAAGCCCUCAUCGAGGCAGAAAAAGUGGCUCAGGUUGCAGAAAUCACCUAUGGGCAGAAGGUGAUGGAGAAGGAGACUGAGAAAAGGAUUUCGGAAAUUGAAGAGUCAUGCCACCAGCCACACGCCAUCGUCUCCUCGUGGUCCCUGCAUCCUCUCCCACCCCUAGAUGCUGCAUUUCUGGCUCGGGAGAAGGCAAAGGCCGAUGCCGAGUGCUACACUGCUCUGAAAAUAGCUGAAGCCAAUAAGCUGAAGCUGACCCCCGAAUAUCUGCAGCUGAUGAAGUACAAGGCCAUCGCUUCCAACAGCAAGAUUUACUUCGGGAAAGACAUCCCCAACAUGUUCCUGGACUCCGCAGGCGGCCUGGGCAGGCAGUUUGAGGGGCUGGCUGACAAGCUGAGCCUUGACUUAGGAGAUGAGCCCGUGGAGGCCGCCGCGAAGGAGAACUGAAGGAAGGAAAGUACACAACCUCAGAUAACACUCAAAGAGAUCUUUAUUUUUAAGAUGAAACUGAAUGCUCCUUCCUCCCACGCUACCUUCUCGGACUCCUCAAGUUGUUGUGAAAAAGAAGAAGAAAUGGACUUAAAUCUGUUCCCCUUCCUGGGAAGGGGGGUUGGGAUCAAUGGUUGGGCUUUUCUUCAGGUGAGUAGGUUACCCGGCUUCUGCUAAGAUGUGUUAACCAUGGGUUUGACUUCUGACCUGCAGGACUGAUCUGUCGCUGUGAAUAUGGCUUAGUUAGGAGCGCUGUCACCAAGCCGUGGGAGCGAGGCAGGCUGCUGCCUCCAGGAGAUUUGGUUCCUCUUAUCUGGGGAAAUGCAGUCUGCCUUUCUCUCUUCUUCCUCCGGGCUCACAGCUGAGCAGAAGAAAGCUGCGGUGUAAGGGGUGGUCAUUUCAGAGGCAAAGUUUUGUUUGUUUUCUUGCUUUGGAGCCCUAGUAAGGAAGAACUGGUGCUAGGUUUUGCAAGAUUUUCUACACACAAUGCUCUUUCCCUGGGGCUCAGGGUGGUGGUUGUGACGACAUUUCCAGAGCCACGGCUUCCUUCUCCCACUCAAGUCUUUUUGAAACUUUUCACCUAGUCUGUGAUUUGAUUUCUUCUCAAGUAAUCUGUCUGUUGGUUCUACUCAGUACCAAGAAUACCGAAACAAAUAAUCAAGGGUCUUCCUGGCUGCUGACCUGGGAUCGCUGUACUUGCCAGCCACUGCUGUAUCUGCUUGGCGGACUGUGUGUGUGCGUGGAGUCUUCAAGCUUGUGGAGGAAGCGGGUCAGUAAGGGCUGUCCAGUUGUAAUGCCUUGGCUUGUGUCAGGGAUCUGACACAGCGCUGAAGGGAGCCUUUCCGAGUAGCUCGCGAUGCUAAUUCUGGAGCUCCGGGCGGCCACUCCGAGUGGAACUGAUUCUAAGUCUCCGGAAAUGGCUCUGUGGAUUCAAGGCAGAGUUCAUGCCCAGGGCCUUGGGCUUGUGAGGAAAGCAUCAGAAUGCAUUCACAGUUUUAUUUUGAUUCUGGGUGAGGAGAGCAAACAUGAGAGAAAGGUUUUUAUCUUGAAAUUGGAGUUGGGGUAGGGAAUUCAACCCUUACAGUCCAGUAACAGUGCACAGAAUUGGUGAGUGGAGGACAGCCAUCCAGAGUGAAUUUGCAUACGUGUUUUUACCCUGCAUAAUCCCCGUGACCCGCUCAGGUAUAGGAUUUGCCCUUGUUAUUAGCUGCCCCACCAAAAGCAGAAACUACUGCUGUGCCCCUCUUCCCUAGGUGAGCACUAUGCAUGACUCUCUGGCAGCCGUUCCCCCUCAUGUUCGGCUCCAUGCCCGGGCUUCUGGUUCUUCACAUGGGCACACCCAGCUUGCCUGGAAGAUACACACUGUUAACUCCGCUCCGCACACUGCCCUGCUCCGUUCUGAUUCCUGGCACUGGGAUUUUCAAACCUCUGGUCCCCACCACAUGGCGACGGCCGCAGAGCUCUCCUGAGCAACAGAGUCUCCUAAGGUCAGCAUAGGGUGCCCUGCGUGACACCCUCCCCUUCCUCCCCCUCAGUGUAGUCCGUGACCUGUCGGUCUGGACGUCGAGGCACCCAGUACCCCUGUCCGCAGCUCUUUGCCGUAGUAGAUUCUGCAGCAAGUUCAUCGCGGUUCCAAAGAGUGCGCUUCCCACGGGGCUCUUAACUCGCAAGGCUCUGGUACCAGCGCCUUCAGUGCUCGUCCCUCGACCACAGAUGAGCCUCGGUGACACCCUGCCGUGACACCCCUGCCCGUGUUCAUGCACGUGGUCCUGCCAGGCAGCGUCAGUCCGGUAGCCGCGGGUACCUGCCUGAGGAGGGAAGUCAUGGGAGUCAGUUGUGUCCUUAUCUCGGGUUAACUGAUGGUCCGACUGUUUGACUUUGUCUUUUUAACGCUUAGUAGGAAAUCUAAUCUUAAACUGUUGGAGUCCUGAACAUGUAAAAUGUGAUAGCCUGCAGUUCUGUAGGCAGUGAAGUAUUGGCUGCUAUUUAUAAGUGGAACUUUUAUCAAAAUAAGUAACUUUAUAAAAUUUAGUUUUUGUAGGAUUUUUCAAGGAACAGUCACUGUGGUGGAGUGUUUCUCACGCGUUAAACUUUACAGAAGUGAUUGCUAUUCAGUACUGUUUUUAAUCACUUUUUUAAAUAUAAGGACAGAACGUUUGUAAGGAAGCCAAAGUUUGUUAACAAUUUUUUUACAACUAAAAUAAAAUGGAUUUGGAGGGACCUGUGGUCAUAUGAAGAGGGAAUCACUAAUGAAGCUUACCAAUAUAUUGACCCCCAGAAAGGAGGUAUUUAUAAAUCUGUGGCUGUUCUGAUGGGCCUGUGUGUCUUUCAGCACUGAAAACUACCAUGUAAAGAGUCAUGAGAAUGAGAAGGUCGUAUCUACUGACUUGGUCUGUUUAAGUUUGAUUGAAGAUAAACUUUAUCUUGGCAAAUAGCUACUCUGUCUAUAAACCACUACUUCUUGGUUCUAUGCGGUAGGGUUUAGCCACUGUUUUGUUGUUUCCUUGUAAAACAGGUAAUAGCCAUUCAGCUUGUGUUUGUAUUUCCACUCCAUUCCUUUUUCUCUCUGCUUUUGUGUAGACUGGUGACCGAAAAGUCAGAGUAAUUUUUUCAGAAAGCCCCAAGGGCUUAAUGACCCCUUGUAACAGAGAAAUGAUUCUUGUUAUAUUAAUCAUUCUAUAAAUUAUACCACUGGAUUAAUUGCCUUGGGUCGAUAGCUGGAGGAAUUGUUUGGACAAAAGGCCUCAUGUGAAUUUAUGUCUUAGUUUUCUUUUCAGUCUUGUUAAAUAAAAUGAGUCUGUGUUCACAUUUUUGUUAAAGUAAAAUUUAGCAACAGCUACUAUUAAGAUAGGUGAUACAGGGCUGGGGACUUAGCUCAGUGGUGCUGCCGCCUGCCUUGCAAGCAGAAGGUUGUCCUGAGUUUGAUCCCCAGUACCAAAACAAAAAAGUGAUAUAAAGAAAUCAAAAAUCUUGGUUAGUGAAUGAAGAAGUCCUUCCUAAAUAUAUUGAGGCGAAAAUCCACUCCCACUGUCAACAUAGGCAAACACCACCAUCACCAAAAUAAAGCCCUUAAUUUCCAAACACGACAUAACUCCUAGUAGAUGCUGUAGGGAUUUAUAAUUUUAAAGAAUACAUAGCUGCCAGACACAGUGAUGCACACCUGUAAUCCCAGUACUUGGGACGGUGAGGUAGGUGGGUUGCCGGGAGUUCAAGGCCAGCCUGAACUCCAUAGCUCUGCUCCAAAGGGCAGAAUUUUCAGUUGACCCAAAACUCAUUUUGAUGCUAGUUGAAUAGGUCAGUUCUGGUCUCUGUUCUGGCCAGCUGCCAAGCCUAGUAUUACCAGGUGUGAUAUAACGGUAGUGAGUUAAGUGUGAGUUUCAGAUACAUAAUCAGUGAUCUGUGUACAAAUACUGCCUUAGAUGGACUAAAAUAUAUACAGGAGUCCACCACAAAAAUGCAUACACACUUCAGUUCUCCGUACUAGUAGUAAACGUCUGGAAGCUAACGGCCACUUUGAGCACCUCUUAUAAUUUUAGAGGCCAAAGGUAACUUGUGUGAAUACCAUGAUGUCUUAGUAAAUUUAGUAUUCAAAUAUUUAUACAAGUUUUUCUUUUCCUCAUAUGUACAAUUUUUUGGCAGACUCUGUGUAUAUAUUUAUCUGAACUUUGCAUUCCUGUUUUUGUUAAAUCUGG